AUGACGCGCACCGCGGACUUCAGGUACCUCCCAUACCCCAUCCCACCUUGCCCGACAACACUCACAACAAGAACCAGAGCCGUCGUUGUCCCUACCACACUCACGAUAACACCCACGCUAAACAUCAUCACCACUCCUCUCACCUCCUUCUCCAAGACGACAACCCCCACCGGUCUCCUUCCCCUUACCCUCUCCCAUCGCGUCCCAGCCGCCACCACAGUGACAAUCCACGUAACCCCCACCCCUUCUCAUUACUCCCCGACACCAGCAGCGCCGGCCAAACGGCCCGCGGUCUACGGAGACUUGACAGCGGCCUACAUCAUCCUCCUCUUCAUCCCGGUAAUCGUCGUCUUCCUCGCCGCCCUCACAGUCCACCUCGAAUCCCGCCGCAAGGUCCACGACGAAGAGAUCGAGAUGCAGCCCUACCAUAAAUUCUGGUUCCCCUGGCGCGAGCUAGACGAAGGGGAAGAGUCCAACGAGGUGAGUGGUCCCGUCGACCGCAACGGCGUCCCCUUCUCCUUCACGAACCCCCGCAUCCCCCAUUCCACAAUCUGGCCUCCUUCCUCCUGGGACUACGACGACGGCAAGAAAGCGGGCUGCGGCACGCCCGCCUGGGGCCGCAGACACGCCUUUUCCCAAGUGAGACUGUACCCUUCCACCCUCCCGCCGAGACGGCCCAAGCCCGAAGACGCGUCGUCAGGCACGCAGCUGUCGGAGGGCGAGAGGCGCUUCGUGGCGGGGAGGGGCGGCGAGGAGAGAGUCGUCGUGAAGCAGACUGUCGAGACGACUGGCGAAAGCAGUCGCGCCCGCGAGCAAGAUGCUGACGUUGUUGACCAGAUUUACGGACGCACCGGGUCCAGGCGGAACGAAACCCAGUCCGCAGAGGCAUCCUUAUCGCAGCCCGAGGCCUCGAAGGCGGCUCCCGCCUCCGGUGGCGGCGUAAGUAACCCGAACACACUUCCAACGAACGUCGACCCCAGCCCCAGCUGGGACGAGGGCAUCCCUUCGUACUACAACAACGGCCAAUCCCCCAAGGUGAACAUCUACGAACUCAAUUCCUCCUCUGACGACGAAGAAGAAGAGCGUGCAACCACUGCUGCCGCCUCGGGUCCGAGGGCCCGCGGCGCCCGACGAGCCGGCAAGCAGCCCGCCAAGCCUUAG